GGCUCUCACUCCACGAGAGAAAGAAGCGUUCGAGGCCCAUCUGGAGGACAACCUUCUGCAGCACGUCGUCCGGGGACGAGCCAAAAUCCACGAAGUCGAGCCGCAGCUGCCAAACAUGCAGGGGGGAUUCCUCCACGUGAACCGAUACUCCAACGGGAUCACGACGGUGAACUGCGUGCCCGUGCUGCGACGUGACCACGAGGCCACCGACGGUCUCGUGCACCUGCUGGAAGGCAUCCUGUCCCCGGCGUCCACAGCGAGCCUUCCGCAGCUGCUGAUGGAGGAUGGCCGGUUCCGGGAGAUGGCUCGAAUGAUGCUCCGCUCCGAGGCCCUCGUGGCCCAGCUGCGACGAGAACCGGGGCCUUUCACGCUGCUGGCGCCCUCCGACGAGGCCUUCCAGGCCAUGCCACCGGGACAGCUGCAGAGGAUCAGCCAGGACCUCAACGUCACCGCGGGUAAUAAAAAGGACCUAGAAUGGCACGUUAACAGCACCAAACCAACACCGCCCUGGAUAAACUUCAAUUCAAUUCUUGCCCUUGUUUCAAACCUGCGGACGCAACUCUCUGCUGCCGCAGACUUGAUCCGCAACCACGUCGUGCCGCGAUCGCUGUGCGCCCCGGCGAUCAUCGCUGAGCACCGCGUGAAGAGCCUGAGCGGGGACAAGCUGGAGCUGAGUUGCAACGCCAGCGGCGUCUACGCGAACGAGCACCGCUUCACCGGCGAGAUGAUGCUCGGAGGCAACGGACACAUCUCCGUCCUUACGGGCAUCCUCAUGACCGACAAAGCUCGCAGUUUGGUCGACCUGAUGGCCCAACGGUCGGACCGCUUGUCCACGUUCGUGUCCCUGCUGGCCGACUCCGGUCUGGCAUCCGAGCUCUCCGAGGGAAGCUUCACCGUCUUCGCACCCACCGACGAUGCCUUCGAGCGUGUGUUCCUGCCCACGGACUCUGAAGCCCUCAAGAAGCUCCUCCAGCGCCACCUGGUGCCCGAUCGGAAAAUCAUGAGCGAGUCCUUCUGGGACGAUGCAAAGCUGGACACCCUGGAAGGUGGGGCAACGCUGCGUCUCAAGGUGUACCGAAAGAGCCUAGGAGUGGACACGGCCAUCAUCACGGAGUCCGACGUGGAAGGUCACAAUGGCGUGGUGCACGUCGUCAAUCGAGUGCUCGAGCCACCGCAGGGCAGCGUCAUGGAAGUCCUGGAGAAAGACGACCGCUUCAGUUUGUUCGCCCAGGCUCUAAAACGUGCACGGGAGCUACAGCUGGUGAACAACUACACUCAGACCGUCUUCGCACCCACCAAUGAAGCGCUGAGCGACUACGCCACUGACCUUGAGAACCCAAGUAUCCUCGAAAAUGUGGUGCUCAGCCACAUCGUGGAUGGCCUGGUGCCCACGGGCUCGUUCCAGUCCCCGAAGCUGAGCUACGACCUGGUCAGCGAGCGAGCCCACCCACUCCGCGUGCGGAUGCGUGGCUCCAACUUGACCGUGAAUGGGGUGCACGUCCUUCGACCGGACCUGUUGGCCAGGGACGGCAUCGUGCACUGCGUCAACGGAGUGCUGCUGCCGCCCAGCACGGAGCCAGGGAAGGGCGCCGGAGGCAACUAG